GCGUGAAGGGGCGGGACUCCGGCCUGCGCGUGCACAGUGAUAGGCGGGCGGUCCCUGGCCCUGCCCCGCGCAGGUGGUGGUCUGUCUGGGCCGCCCUUCAGCGACGCCUGCAGGGUCGGUGUGCUCGGCACGUGGGGCGGCGGCCAGGCUUCUCGGCGUGUGGGGCGCCUGGGUAUGGAGCGCGCUGCCCGGCCUCAUCGAUGGAGCCAGAGGAGCUGCGCCUGCUGGACGCGUUCGCCUACCUGAUGAUGCUCACGGGCUGCGUAUGCUUUGCCCUGCUCCUGCGCCUCUCGUCGCCCUACGGCCGCUACGCGUCACAGUGGCCCGGUCCGCGGGUGCCCGCGCGUGUCGCCUGGGCCCUGCAGGAGCUGCCGGCGCUGGCCUGGCCGCUGCUCGAGUGCACCUGCGCGUCCCCCCAGCGCCUCGACCGCCUUCCCAACCGCGUGCUGCUGGCCAUGUACCUCGUCCACUAUGUGCACAGGUCCCUGAUCUUCCCCUUCCUGAUCCGAGGAGGAAAGCCGAUGCCUCUUGUCACCUGUGUGUUAGCCUUCCUGUUCUGUACCUGUAAUGGCUACUUGCAGACCAGGUACCUGAGCUGGUAUGCGGUGUACGCCGAGGACUGGGUGACCCAGCCCUGCUUUCUAGCUGGUUUUGCCUUGUGGUUAACGGGCAUGCUGAUAAACAUCCAGUCAGAUCACAUCCUGAGGAACCUCCGAAAACCAGAGGAGACAGGAUACAAAAUACCAAGGGCCCAGCAACUGUGCGCUGUUCUAAGGAGCCCUGGCCAGAACUCUGGACACUGGUGUGCUGUCAUUGGUCAAGGCCGGAAGGGUGAAGUCACAGAAUCCAUAGAGGAGGAACGCCCAACGGGUGCAGAGACAAGGGGCCCAUCGGCAUUGCGUGAAGGCCAGAUAAAGCACCUGCAUGGGAGGCUUGUUCGAAUACAUAACUGCGGCCAACUACCUUGGGGAAGUUGUGGAGUGGUGCGGCUUUGCACUGGCCAGCUGCUCUCUGCAGAGUGGGGCUUUUGCGCUAUUCACAUUGACCGUUUUACUCCCCAGAGCAAAACAGCAUCACCGGUGGUACCUUGAGAAGUUUGAAGAUUAUCCAAAGUCUCGGAAAAUUUUAAUUCCAUUUUUGUAUUAAGUGUGUCAUCAUCAAGGAAAUGAUCUUCUACUGGAAGAUUCAGCUCUGUUUCUCUGGGUGUCAGGCCUAGAAGUGAGUCCUUCACAAGCACAUGGGACGAAGCAACAGGCUGCUGUUAGCAACAACAGCAGCUUCUCGGUAAAUAGGGCAGAUGGACUCAAAGUAAAGCAUAGUCCCCCUUCACCGAGGAGUCCAGUAAUUGUCUACACACCUGAGCAGCCCGUCCUUGGGUAUCCAGGUCCGAAAUAUUUCACCCAGAUUCCUUAGCCCCUUCAAGACCUACAGAAGCCUAAUUCCUUUCCCAGUGAGCUGCUGAUAUCUCUCUCCCUGGUGUAGCCAAUCUCCCAGCUAGCUGCCACUGUCUCUCUCUCCCAUUGUCUGCCCAUCCACACAUGGAUGUGAUAAACUCUGCUUUUCCCAGCUACCUGCUAGAAUCUCCUGAUUUUUAGUCUCUUUACUGGAAUAAACUUUACUUUCACAAG